AAUUCUUUCUAGGUUGCAAUUGAGCUUUUAUUUUGAAGGGCCGAUUUCUGACGUCAUUACAACCAGGAAGUACCGGUUUCACAACAAGGACAGUAGCAGCUGCAUGUUUUCCUGACUUGUCGAAACUGACAUGGCGGGGACGGCGGUGCUUAGGAUAUUCAGGACCCUGCGCCCCCAGGCACUGACAGCGGCGUCAGGCAGUUUCCACCCGCCGGCUUCAUGUGUGUUUUCCCCAGCAUGGAGGUCCUCUUCUGUCAGGUCGCUGCACCUGUGCUGCGCCCUGUGUGCUGGACACAACAAAUGGUCCAAGGUGAAAAACGUCAAAGGUCCUAAAGAUGAGGCGAGGGGCAAGAUGUUCAUGAAGUUUGGUAUGAUGAUAAGGAUAGCUGUGAAAGACGGUGGAUCCAACCCUGACAUGAAUUUAAACCUAGCCCACAUACUGGAGCAGUGCAGAAUCAAGAACAUGCCCAAAACAUCGGUAGAAGCUGCAAUCAAGAGUGCGGAAAAAGCAAAACCAGCAUUUCAGCAUAUGUUUGAAGCUCGGGGACCUGGUGGAUGUCUGCUGCUCAUAGAGGUCCUGACUGACAACAACACACGCACCCAACAGGACGUCAGACGCCUGCUUACCAAGAAUGGGGGGAUGCUGUCAGACGGAGCACGCCACAACUUCAACAGGAGGGGGGUGGUGAUGGUGCCAGGUCAGAACCUGUCGAUGGAGCGAGCCCUGGAGCUGGCCAUCGAGGCCGGAGCCGAGGACGUGAAAGAGACUGAGGAUGAGGAGGAGCAGCCCCUCCUGCAGUUCAUUUGUGAUAUGACAGACCUGAGGAAAGUGCGGGCCUCUUUGGUGGAUCUGGGGAUGCAGAUAACAUCUGCAGGAUUAGAGUUUGUUCCCCGCACCCUCACCUCUCUGGACCAGGACCAGCUGGAUACUGCUUCAGUGUUAGUAGAAGCUCUAAAUGACUGGCCAGAGGUAGUACGAGUCUGGGACAACAUCCAGGCUCAGAGCUGAGAUCACUUUCUGGACAACUUUUUGGACUCUAGUCUGGAUUCACUUUUCAAGCAGGGUGUUUAAUGUUCUGAGAAAGGAAUUGUCAACAGAUACCUGUGCUGCUUUUCAACAGGAGUGUUGCUGAAACUCAUCAGAAUGAAAUGAUGUGCCCAUGUCAUUUUGGUGCUUUAGAGGAAAACUUGGCAGUGAAAUGAUAGUGUGGUCCUGAUAACUUGUUAAGUAAAUGUUUCUUAAAUAUUUCAGUUGUCAGAUUCUGCUUAUCGAACAUUAAUUAUCUGCGGCCUCUAGUAUAAAAACGCCAUCAUGUCUGCCAAUCUGGUUUCCAUUAAAAGUUUUAAGAACUGUU